ACUAUUUUGAGAUCUGUAGCAGGCAUCACAUUUGAAAUCAGCUCAUUUUGUGCAUAAAAUUGUAAAAUUUCUCAGUUUACACAUUUGUUAUGUUAUUGAUUUGUUCUAUUGUGAAUAAAAUAUUGGCUCAUCUUAUUUGAAAAUUGUCCUAACUUUUCUGGGAAUUCGGGUUGUAUUAUUGAAGGAUUUCGUUAUACACAAAAUAAAGUAAUUAGAAUGCAGUAUUACUGCACUUUUUAAGGGUGUUGUCUUGCUUCACUGUAACUUAUAUUGUUUGAGUGUCUCUCUGACACUCAUAUCUAGUGGACAUUUUAUUUUCUGUGACCUUUAGACUUGAAGACUUUAGACUUUUAGACACAUCACUUAAACACAUAAUCAGGAAACAAGAAUCACCUGAGUUCAGGGAAAAAGAAACCAAAGUGUAGUUGAGCUGUUGUGUGUUUGUGUCUCUGUAUUCAUGCAGUAAAAUGGCAGAAGCCAGAAUUUCAGUGGAUCAGAAUGAGUUCCUGUGUCCAGUGUGUCUGGAUCUCCUGAAGGAUCCAGUGACCACUUCCUGUGGACACAGUUACUGUAAGAGCUGUAUUACAGACUGCUGGGAUCAGGAGGAUCAGAUGAGAGUCUACAGCUGCCCUCAGUGUAGACAGACCUUCAGUCCAAGACCUGCUUUAGCGAAAAACACCAUGCUGGCUGAAGUGGUGGAGAAACUGAAGAAGACGAAACUUCCCGCUGACUGUUACGCUGGAGCUGGAGAUGUGCAGUGUGACGUCUGUACUGGAAGAAAACACAAAGCCGUCAAGUCCUGUCUGAUGUGUCUGGAGUCUUACUGCCAAACUCAUUUUGACCGUCAUGAGGAUUUUCACUCAAGUAAGCCACAUAAAGUGACUGAAGCCACUGGACGACUGCAGGAGAUGAUCUGCCAGAAACAUGACAAGAUCCUUGAGGUUUUCUGCUGCACUGAUCAGAAGUGUAUAUGUCUGCUGUGUACGAUGGAAGAACAUAAAAACCACGACACUGUAUCAGCUGCAGCACAGAGGACAGAGAAACAGCACCAGCUGAAGGAGACACAGAGGUCAUUCCAGCAGAGGAUCCAGCAGAUAGAGAAAGAUCUUCAGCAGCUGAGAGAGGCUGUGGCGUCUCAUAAGCGCUCUGCACAGACAACAGUGGAGGACAGUGAGAGGAUCGUCAUUGAGCUCAUCCCCCCCAUCGAGAGAAGCCGCUCUGAGGCCACACAGUGGAUCAGAGAUCAGGAAAAGACUGCAGUGAGUCGAGCUGAAGGACGAUUGGAGUGUCUGGAGCAGGAGAUCAAUGAUCUGAGGAGGAGAGAUACUGAGCUGGAGCAGCUUUCACACACACAGGAUCACAUCCAUUUCCUGGAGAGUUUCCAGUCUCUCUCAGCUCCUCCUGAAUCUACAGACGUAAAUGACAAUCCCUUCAGUUCUCUCUCCUCUUUUGAUGGCAUGAGAGAAUCUGUCCUUCAGCUGAGAGACAAACUGGAGGAUUUCUGCAAAGAGGAGCUCAAGAAGAUCUUUGACAGAGUCUCUUCCACCAACAUUGAUUCCAGGACCAUGAACGACUUCCUACAAUAUUCCCAUCAGCUCACUCUGGAUCUGAACACAGUGAAUAAACUCCUCCGUCUGUCUGAGAGGAACAGAGUGAUUACUAACACUGACACAAAGCAGUGGUAUCCUGAUCAUCCAGACAGAUUUGAUUAUUACGCUCAGGUGUUGUGUAGAGAGAGUGUGUGUGGACGCUGUUACUGGGAGAUUGAGUGGAGUGGUGGUGAAUAUGGUGUGGAUAUAUCAGUGUCAUAUAAGAGCAUCAGGAGGAAGGGACGGGGUGAUGAGUCUGUGUUUGGAUAUAAUGAUCAGUCCUGGAGUUUGUACUGCUCUUCCUCCAGAUAUUUAUUCUAUUACAAUAAGAUAAAGAUUAAACCCCCCUGUAAAGUCCAUCAGCAGUAGAAUAGGAGUAUAUGAUGAGGAUGAUGAUGCUGAUGAUGAUGAUGAUGAUGAUGAUGAUGAUGCUGAUGAUGAUGAUGACGAUGAUGAUGACGAUGAUGAUGAUGAUGAUGAUGAUGAUGUAGAGCCCAUC